AUGUCGGGAGAAUCGUCAAAACGCUCUGACCUGAUUGAUAUAACAUACCAACAGCUGCACUCCUUCCUCUCCGGCCAUCUCGAGGGUAACACUCCUUCAGAGCUCGCCGACUUUGUCAAGCCUCGCAUCUCUCACAUUCAGAAUGUAUCUACGCCUUUUGGCGCCCCCUCCUCUGGGUCCCGCAAGAGGUUGGAGUCGGGAAGUGUCACCCUCGGCGACGGUGUGGCGAUCCGUGUCGAGCCUGCCGACCGCGACUGCGCGUUCGCCAUCAGCACGCGAUUCGAGAUAGACGAAGUUGCCGCGCUUGUGCUCCUGCGCUCCUUCCUAUAUAACGAGGGCCUGCCCGACAGCGCCGGCGGCGAAGGCGCGAAUAUCAUUGAUGAAGUGGUCGAGGCCAUCACCCCGUUCUAUUACUCCGAACGGCUCUUCCUCUUGCGAACGCUCAUACCGCUCUUCCGGGCAAACGAAAACGCGGCGGACCCCAUCCAUGGCAUUGCUGGUGAUCUCUUGUCUCGGAUCUUGACGGACGGCCACGCUUUCGCGCGGGCACUGCUAGCGGAGUACGCCAGCAAGACGAAGGCGCCUCUGCCCGAGCGAGUUAGCUCGGAUCCUCGCCAGGCAGUACUGUGGGCACGGCAGAACGCAAAGGAGCAACUCGUUCUCCUGGAGGUGCUUUUCUGGACCAUGUGGAGCUACGCGUCUUGCGACGGGCCGUCGGUGGUACGCAUCUUCGAGACGGCAUACGAAACGAACUUGGGUUCUACACAGCAAAAUUCGACGCUUCUUCUGGACGAGGAAGGCGUGCAGCUGCAGCGCGAUAGUGCGGCGCUGUGGGUUCUGCUCACCCUCGAAGUGCUAGAGCUUGAGAGGGCUGCGGAGCCGGGUGCUAUUGAGUUGAUGCCCAAGUCAGAAGAUACGAAGCUGUACUGGGCCUCAACGGAGUCGAUGAAGCGGAUACACGAGCUCGUCCUGGGACACACAGACAGUCAUUACGCUUGCACGUACAUGGCGUGGGCAUUCGUCCUCUCGCGAGUGACACAGGCAGCAUCCGAGGCGAUAGAUCUUCCGCAGGCGCACCACGACUUCAUCGCCUUGCUUAUGCCGCACUCUGGGAGGGCAUACUCGAGGGAGCGAGAACCAAUAUUCACGCUAAUGGCGCGGACGUGUCUGGACCCCGACGUGGGACUGUUUAAACUAAUGUUCACCUUGCUGACAACCUCACCACUCUUUGUCACGUCCAUCGCGUGGAGGACGGCCUCAACACUCACGGACCCUAACGCGGUUGCGUACCGUUCGGUAUUCAAGGGGCUUGUGAUUGCGAUUGUCGAAAGCGUUCCAAUCGAACUGAUCCCAGACUUUGACGAUUUCGUUGAGAUUUGGAUCGCGCUCUUUGGCCGCAGCGAAAGCCGAUCCGUCUCCGGCAUUUGCUGUCAAUUCUGGCAAUCAGAUUGGGUGCGGGGCAAUGCACGCCGCGCGAUCCUCGACGUUGCACGUGCUCGAUUCCCUGUACAACCACGACCGUUGAUACGGCUCCUCCGUGCGCUCUCUGCGACAGGCUUCCUCGACACUGACCCGCUCGUGACUGCAAAUUAUUCCCCUCACACUGGGAUCCUCGAUGAAGAGCGUGAAAUGUGCACGCGCUAUGUGUUCGACUUUCUUGCACAACUGCCUACCUACACGCAAGUGGUCCCUGCGAAUGCAAGUAACGGUGCACAGGCGCUGUACGAAAAGAUGCCCGAACGUCAUGGGUCAUCGUCUGUAGCUGGUGGUCUGAUAUACACCAAUCUGCGGGCCCUUAAACUUCCCGGCGGCACGACGCUCCCGCCGAGGACUAUCGGUCGUCUGCUCAGUGGUGAUGGCGGCGAUGCUAUUGCAGUGUCUUGGCAGCACGAACACUCGGGCUGGAUGCUACUACUCGAGUUCCUCACCGACUACGUCAAUCGCAAGCGUAGGUUCACUGGCACAAGUAAUCCUCACGGUGACAUCUCGUUCUCCCAGCGUGGUAGUCAUCGACCGAUCCCUCUCCGGCUAGAGGACAUUGGCGCAGAAAUGGAUCGCGAAGGAGACGAUGCAAUCGUCAUGGACAUCCUGGAUCUCAUUCGCAGCGUGGUGCAGGACAAUCCUGGCCUAGCGGCGGAGCUGCUCGAUACGUUUGAGAGCAGUGAUCCGGUUGUGGCGCAUACCAUGGUCGAAGCACAGCCGCCAGAUUUGGUCCAACUCACGACAGCAGUCCUAGAGGAGGCACUCUCUCGAUCGUCCUCGCAGCCGCGGGGUGCCCCGCGCGCCCCGCUGAUCACGUCAGCUAUCAGUGUUCUCGCAGCAUUACUUGCUCAGCCACAUUACUCCACCCGUGUUUGGUUGUACAUCCGCUCCACAGCAUCCCUGUUCGGAUCUGAGAAGAGCAAUGGUGCAACCUCUGCCGUGCUUACCGCGGAGCGUUUGACAGGGCAGUAUACGAUGACGCUAGCCCUUCUGCAUCUCGUUCAACAACUUUUUAAUGAGGCGUCGACAACCGUAAUCUCUGUCUUACAGCACACCCCGAAAUUACAACAAGUAAAGGAAGAGGUGCUCUUGCGAGCUGUGCGCUUUGUGCACGCAGAGAUCUGGGUGGAACACGUGGGCUGGAAAUACGCACAGCUAGGUGAUCGGUUCGAGAUCGCGCGGCGCAUGUCGUCGCUGUAUACGGAGGUGAUGCUGCACGCACCUCCCACACUGAAAGAAGGACCUUUCACUGCGCUGAGCCAGAUAUUGUCGGAGGCAUUCUUGGCUAAAGCAACGACCUCCACCAUUACGCCACUGGUGUCUUCGUUGACGGGUGCGGGAUCUGUGCUUGGGAUGCUGUAUGCGGCACGGCGAUAUGGUGAUGCCCGGCGGCUGGUCUACCUCAUGGAGUCUCACCUGCGCCUCACACGCGUUCUGCUCAAUUUCAAACCGCAUCUCGUCUCGUCCACGGAGCCAUCUCUCCUGGAGCAAGCCCUUUGCGCUAAAGUUGGAGGGAGUGUGGCUUCGUUUGAUGGUGGUCCGUCGAAGGUGGACCCUGUCGAUGCGCUUGCUGGGUAUGUGAAGGAUCGGAGCACGGGCGCCUCUGUGCCUAUUGAAGCUACUCGCGUGCUUUUUGCCCUAUGCUCAUCACUCGCAUCCACGCAAGGCUCGCCCCCAACAAUUAUUGGACAUUUAUCAGAUCCCGAGGCCACUGUCGCGUCACUGAUACGCAUCGUGCAGCAUCCGUAUGAUGAACCCCAGCUACGACAUGCGUUGUGGAAUUUCAUCACUCUCGCCGUCGAUAAGGAGCCCGCACUUGCUAGACUGUUUGUCACUGGACACUUCCGAGAACCAAUGCCAAAAGUCUCAGAAAAGGGCAAGGAGAAGGAUACUGGGGGCAACGACGCAUCGAAGUCCAGGUCAACGAGCGCGGUUACCCUAGCAUGCGACAUGCUGCAGCAAUGGGAGGAACUGUGGGAUCCUAAUCCAGAGCUGCUCGCCUCGCUCCUGCGUUUCAUGGAUGUGAUUUGGGAACAUGCACACGAGCAUAAACAACACCUGGAGCCAAUAUGUCAGGACGCUCGUCUAUUUGAGCAUCUUGCCGCAAUUUUAGGGAAGGAGCUGGGGCCUUCUCCUGAUUAUAGGACUGCAGACUAUGCUGAGGUUGAUGGAGCACAGCGUUCUGAUCUACAUGCGGCGGUUUCUUCUUAUGCUUACCGCACUGCGGUGAAGUGUCACGCCGCUCAUAUCUUGAGCUUGGACAUUCGGAUGCACCUUCAGUCACACCCAGAUGACAAGCAAUCUGCGAAGCCUGCUAGCUACAAAUCAAUCGAGGCAAUGUUCAAGUCCGAAGAUCAGCUGACGAAGCUUGUCUUAGAGGCGGCGACAAGUUCAUACGAUCCUUCCCUCCAUGACGAGCUUGCAAAGCAAAUCAACUCCGAUUUCCCGACUCUCACUCUUGACCAUCUGCGCGUGCAUGAUCCGAUCGUGGAACGUGAGUAUGGAGAUAACUUCGCCUUUUCAACUGCUCUUCUCCAAAUACGCUUGCAGCCUUAUUCAUUCGGUGACACGGCACAAGGCGCGGUUGCUGCACAUAAGAAGCUGAUGUCUGUCAAUCUCAAUCUCUCCCUAACAUAUGUACAAACCACAUUGACGGAAUCGUGGCAAUUCCUCCUCCUGCAACUUGUCACAUAUCUCCGUGGAACUGCUUCGGUGCGAUCCACUCUCUUGGCUUUGGCUGCAUCCAUCUCAGGGCUUCUCUCCGUCGAGAAGCGUUCCGGGGAUAUGAUGGGGACGAUUCACCAUGCACGGCUGUCGCUUCUUCUGGCUCUUCUCGAAGUCAUCUGGUUCUCCACCAGCGACACGAAGGAGCAAGUGGCAAGUUUCAUUAGCCUGGUCGCAAGCGUGCGUGGUAUUAUUCUUAGCGCAUCACAACCACCGGGAAAAUCGCUAUUGGGUCAAGCCACUGUUCCGUUCCAUCGGCCGCUCCUACAGACUAUCUACUUCUGCGCUCGACAUUCCAGGAGUCUUGUCCGCCGUCCAAAGGCUCUGACGGCAGAGCAGCGCCUGUCCGUUUCCAUGAUGCUGGAGACGACGCUGCUGCUGGUCGUUGACAGCCUCCGCUUCAAGUUUGACACAGCUAGCCUUGGCCUUGAUAUCGACCUUGACCAGGACCUGGAGCUACUCGUUGCGGUCUUCCAACAAUGCACCAGGCUCGAUCUGAACCCAUCUCCAUCGCUUUGGCUUGCCCGCUGUCAGGAGACUGAUGUAAUCCGGACCAGUCUUCACCUAUUCAGCCGUUUGGAUCUCGUCGGUCUCGCAGAUGUUGCCUUACUUCGGAUGCGUAAACAGCCUCUCUAUGCGCCUCACGUCCUAGCAUUCCACAUGGCAUUGGCGAGUGUCCCACUGGCUGCGGAGAGGCUCGCAAGCGAAGGAAUACUCGCUGCAUAUAGCCAGAACCCUAUCACUACCGCUAUCAGAGUAGGAAUGAUUGACGUUGUUCUGCCUGAAAUGCCAGGCGAGCGAAGUCCUGCGCACAGAGCUUAUUGCUCUAUGUUGGCCAUCAUCGCUGGUGUCGUCGCAUCGCUCGGUCGCCAUGGACAUUUCUUCUAUGCAGAGGCCGCAGGCCUUGUUCAGCUAUACGGGGACCAAAUCCACCGAACGCUGUCCUGGACGGUUGGCGAGCCGCUAUCUUCUCCGCUGAUCGAAGAAAUGGAGCAGGUCGUGAACCUUUUCAAUGCAAUCGCGCAGAACGCACCAGGAGACAUUGGGAGCGAUGCGGUCAAGCGAGCGCUGCGGUCUUUCACGGAUGACGCCUUGCUACUGUUACAGCAACUGAACUACUCCUUGACCCACCCUAACCACUUGGCGAGCCUCUUCGAGCCGAUCACAGCGCAUGAACGCAGCCAAUUUGAUGCAGAGAACAACAAUGCGUCCGUGAACACUCCCGCCGAAGUUGUGGAUCCACUCAAAAGGCCUUUCUUGGCUCGCUUGGUCCAUCGCCUGUUUCGCCUUUCAGGUUCGAUCCUAUCGACUCUGAGCAUCAUUGGCGGAGCGGAGACAGUGCUCAUUGGAGAGAAAGAUGACUGGCCAAUACACGAAGCCCUGAUCGUGCCUCACUCAAAGGUUGUCCUUGGAGAGUCUGCGUCAAUGGGUACCUUGCUUGAGUUGGGCAACUGUUCUUUGGAUGUCCUCCGUCACCUCGUGGACAGACCGGCCGCGCAGGCGCUGACCCCGGCAACGCCUACCCAGAACGCAUUAGAUGUCCGCGAGAGUGUCACAACGAUACGCAGACAUCUGGAAGCGGUCACGUUGUAUGCCGUUAGUCAACUCGCGAUGUGGCUGUCUAAACCCGAAUUCGAGGCCCCUGCCCACAACGCAGAUGCCGAUGACAUGGUUGUGGAGCACCAUCCAGCAGAGGUUCUGAAGGAGCGUCGUUCAACGAGGAGACAGUCGUCGAUGACGUUAGCGGAACGUCUGCGAAGGGGGAUGACGGGCGAAAUGGCUGCGGAUUUGCUGUCGCUGAUGGCGAAGGCGAAGCCGAUGAUUGCAAAAACGGAGGCUAUCCUUGGAAGCAAGGACGUGGACCUCACGGACAUUCUGUCUCGUUUCGUACAUGAACGGAUCUCUGUUUCGUCCUAA